AUGCAUUUCAGGAAACCAACUUCAAGAAGCAACCAGUUUAAGAUGUUGAGAGGUGAAGGAAGCAAGGCAGCGUUCACAAAGAGGGAGAUAACAAGAGGAGCAAGGAGAAUGAUUAAGACACUAACCAAGGAAGAUGAGGAGGAGAUCGAGAGGUUGUGGGAAGAGAGAAGGACCAAGAGGAGGAAUGACCCAAUCAGCAGUGAGAGUGAAUUGGGAGAAUUCAAGAUUGGUGUGAACAUUGGAAGGGGAGAGAGUGAUGACUGUUCACAAGAGGAAGGAGAAGAAGUCAAUCAAGAAGUUGAGGAGAGUGAGCAUGAGAGCAAUGAGAAUGUGCCCAUGGAAGAGGAGGAGAGAGGAAGAAGAGGAUGA